AAUCACUUCUCUAUUCACUUUUUAUUGUAUAUGUAAAUUAUUCACCAGUUAGGAACUUGAUAUCUUCACUCACUUCAAACCUCUACCAAAAAUGGAACAUUCUUCAAUUCUCACUACCCCACCUUCAAAUAUAUCAUCACAAACCUUUCACAUAGCUGGCAUUCUGACAGAUAUCUACGGUCUCCAAGAGUUACCCUCGAGUUGCAAAUCAGUAACGGUAUUAUGGCUCUUAAAUCCAAGAUUAAAGACGAAAGAAGACAUGGCAAGCAUUGCCUCCAAGUGUAUUGAAUCCUGGAACCAAGAAUCGGGCGAGAAGAAAACCGGUCUCCUGGCCAUUGCUUUUGACCAAAGAAAUCAUGGAACAAGAGAGGUGACGCCAUUGUCAAACGAGUCUUGGAGGCAAGGUAAUGAGAACCAUGCUCAGGAUAUGUUCAGGUAUUACUCAAUCAUAAAGUCGCAUUUAUUCUUAUGAACUACCGAGUCCUAACGAGCUUCAGUAUAUAUCAUGGUACAGCUUGUGAUACGAGUCUCUUGAUUGAUCAUCUUGGAUCCUAUAUUUUACUCGCACAGGACGACCCUUCGAUUGACCGACAUAUGGUCUUGGGCGUUUCGCUUGGUGGUCAUGCAGCUUGGCAGGUACUCUUCAGCGAACCGCGAAUUACCGCGGGCGUGGUGAUUAUCGGCUGUCCAGAUUACAUUAGUGAGUUCUGGUGAAACUUGACAUAUCAUAUUCUGAUGUUUUGGUAUCGGAAUUGGUUCAAAUUUUGGGCAAGUGCCUCAACCUAGGAUUUUCCCCCGCGUUCUUUUCAUGCCAAUGCCAUUCCGGGUGUUUAGCCUUCGUUUCCAAGAAGUCCAUAGUGCCUCCCAUUUUGACAACCCAUGAAGUGAUACAUCUACUAACACCCCCAAGACGUAAUGACAGACCGCGCCCGCCUCUCAAAACUCCCCACCUACACAUCAACCAAUGGCGCCACCUUCCUCGGAAGCAAACACUUCCCCCAAUCCCUAAUAACGGUAGCCCAGAAAUACGACCCUAAAUCUUUAUUUUUCGGCACAUCACCCAUCCCUUCGCUGUCUCCAUCUGAACAAUCCCGUCUCCGCCCAACCCUCGAGUCCACCAUCAAAGGAAAACGAAUCCUCGUCUGCUCAGGCGCAGAUGAUAAACUCGUACCUUACAAAAGCUCCGAACCCUUUCUAACCUUUCUGAAAGAAGCAACGGGGAAAGAUGGCUGGUGGGAUGGAGACGUGUAUCUGGAAGAUAACGUAUAUCCUGGCGUAGGACAUGCUUUUAGUGAGGGGAUGGUUAGGGAUGCUAUUAGGUUUGUGAAUGAUACUCUGGCUAGUCCUCCCGCGGCGAAGAUUUGAGGUCUGGAGGCAAGUUUAUACAUUACAUAAUUCAUAGCUCCAAGGCUGAAAUUAAGUCAUGAUUCUUUG